UGAAUUUGUACAUUAAAGCAGUUCGUUCCGGAACGAGAAAAUUGGAAAAUGAAAUAGAUUAGAUGGUAUCGGCUCGGCAUUUCAAUUGAAUUGGUUUCUUUAGUAUCAUAAAAAUAGUGAAAUGUUGUAAUUGCUAUCGACAAAUAAACAACAAUGAUAAGAGUACGUCGUCGCUUUGCUAUUAUGCUAUGUGGCAUAUCUGUGGCAAUAUUUUUGACUGUAUACUUUAUGAUUAAUUAUGCGGCUCCACAGGAGGACAAAAAACCAAAUUUUAUGGCUUUGGAAGCCCAACAUGAAUACAACAAACAAGUCCUGCAAAAACCUGACAUGGGCAUUGAAUAUGGCCCGAAAAAUAGGAACGCCGGUCAAGAUGACACGUCGAGACAGUCGGAAAAUAACAUAAACAAACUCGGUGAAAGUGGAGGCAAAAAGUCAGAGACUUUUGCGAAGGAGUCUGAAAAUGUCGUCAAGGAGAAAAAUAAUUUGGAAGAAAAUUUGGUAGCACGAGAUGAAACUUGUGAAUUUGAUCCUCAGCAAGUGCCACAGCCUGAUAUACAAAUGUUAGAUAUGUAUGGAAAAAUGUCUUUUGAAGACAUUGAUGGUGGCGUAUGGAAGCAGGGAUGGAAUAUUAAAUAUGAUCCCAUGCAGUACAACGACCAUCACAAAUUAAAAGUUUUUGUUGUGCCCCAUUCACACAAUGACCCGGGCUGGAUUAAGACAUUUGAUGAUUACUAUGACCAUGAAACGAAACAUAUUCUUUCAAAUGCUCUAAGGCAUUUACGUGAAAAUCCUGACAUGAAAUUUAUUUGGGCAGAAAUAUCAUAUUUUUCGCGUUUUUAUGAGGAUCUGGGUGAAAACAAUAAGAUGGAGGUCAAAAAAUUGGUCCAGAACGGUCAAUUGGAAUUUGUGUCCGGUGGAUGGGUUAUGCCAGACGAGGCCAAUGCACAUUGGCACAAUAUGUUACUUCAGUUGACGGAGGGCCAACAUUGGCUUAAGAAAUUUCUAAAUGUUACACCCAUAUCGUCUUGGGCAAUUGAUCCAUUUGGCCAUAGUCCCUCAAUGCCUUAUAUCUUGAAAAAGUCUGGAUUUGAAAAUGCAUUAAUACAACGCACACAUUAUUCGGUUAAAAAAGAGUUGGCUUUGAAACGUAACUUGGAAUUCUAUUGGCGACAAUUGUGGGAUGAUUCUGGUGAAACUGAACUUUUUACCCACAUGAUGCCAUUCUACUCUUAUGACAUACCGCAUUCUUGUGGUCCGGAUCCAAAAAUUUGCUGUCAAUUUGAUUUUAAGCGUGUACCGGGUUUUGGUCUAAGUUGUCCAUGGCGAGUGCCCCCAAAAAAUAUUGUCGAUCAUAAUGUGGCAGAAAGAGCUGAACUUCUUGUGGACCAAUGGAAGAAGAAAGCAGAACUGUAUCGCACAAAUGUCUUACUAUUUCCCCUGGGCGAUGAUUUUCGCUACAGCCAAAGCACCGAAUGGGAAGUUCAACGCAUGAACUAUGAAAAUCUGUUUACCCACAUUAACUCAGAACGUAAAUAUUUUGUUGAGGCUAAAUUUGGAACAUUGCAGGAGUACUUUGACGCCGUACAUGAGGAACAAAGGCAAAAACAACGAAGUUUUCCCACGCUAAGUGGAGAUUUCUUUACCUAUGCUGAUCGUUCAGAUAAUUAUUGGAGUGGUUACUUUACCUCACGUCCAUAUCAUAAACGUAUGGAUAGAGUUUUGACCCAUUACAUACGUAGUGCAGAAAUGCUAAGUGCUUGGCAUAAAUGGGAUGAUGGUGUCAAAUUUGAUGACAUGCUACAGGAUGCCAGGCGACAAUUGUCAUUAUUUCAACAUCAUGAUGGCAUAACAGGAACUGCUAAAACUCACGUUGUAGAGGACUAUGCUCAACGUAUGUUGAAUGCUGUAAAAAUUUGUAAAUUUAUAAUGCAACAAUCUGUGUAUAAACUGCUGACAAAGAAAUCGAUUUAUAAUGCCGAUACUAAUUUUAAUUAUUUCCACAUGGACGACUCCCGUUGGCCAGGACCUGAUGAUAGUCGGACCACCAUCAUUUUGGGUGAAGAAUUGCCACAGAAACAUUUAGUCCUGCACAAUUCAUUGCCACAAUGGCGAGAGGAAAUUAUUGAUUUCCAUGUAGCUUCCCCAUUUGUCAGUGUAGCGGAUUCCAAUAAUAAUCCCGUUGAAAUUCAAAUUUCACCCGUUUGGACAUGGCAUAAGGACACUUUCUCAAAUACCAUAACACCUCAGGCAUCUACCACAAAAUACCGUUUGAUAUUUAAGGCUAAAGUGCCGCCGUUAGGUCUAUCCACAUAUGUGGUAAAGGCCGAAACUCCUGAAUCUAUUAAUAAAAACUAUAUCUCAUUUGCUUCGAAUCUCAUAUUGACGACGAAUCCAAUCACCACACAGCUGGGUGAUUACCCGAAAGAAGUACAAUUUGGUGAACACCGCGAAGUGUCGUUGAAAGUGGGAUCCGGACCCACAGUGGCAUUCAGCUCAGAUGGCAUGAUGAAAUCUAUACAAAUUAAAGAAUUUGAAUCUCAUACCCCUGUAAGGGUACAAUUCUUCAAAUAUGGUACUCGUAUGAAUGGUGAUCGUUCGGGUGCUUAUUUGUUCUUGCCAAAUGGCCCAGCUUCUCCUAUUGUUAAUGCCCAUACACCUGUGGUUUUGGUUACAAAAGGUCCGUUGGAAUCAAGUGUUUCAGCUGGGCUAACAUUUGGUACACACCAUACGAUUCUGCGAGAAGGCGAGCCACCAGAAAUUCGCAAUAAUAUUGAUAUUGUAGGUAUGGAUGAUACCGAAGUUGUAAUGCGUGUGCAAACUCGUUUACGCAGUGGAGAUACAUUUUACACCGAUCUGAAUGGCUUACAAAUUAUAAAACGUCAACGUUUCACAAAAAUUCCCCUGCAAGCUAACUACUAUCCGGUACCAUCGGCUAUAUUCAUAGAAGAUGAAUCGUUGCGUUUAACUGUGGUGUCAGCCCAACCAUUGGGUGGUUCCUCACUGGCUCAAGGUGAAGUGGAAAUAAUGCAAGAUCGGCGCUUGACACAUGAUGAUGAACGUGGUGUGGGUCAAGGUGUACUAGAUAAUCGUCCAGUUUUACAUAUUUUCCGUAUUCUUCUGGAACGCAUUGAUGGUUGUGAAAAACUUGCCGAUAAUCAUCCAGCUGGUGCAUUAACAUUGGCCUCGUAUCGUAAUUCAAAAUCUCUUUUAAAUCCUUUUGAUAAAUUUAUAUUUGCUGAAAAUGAUUGGUUGGGUGUUCUGCCGGAAUUUGGCACUACGCAUGCUGCUUUGGGUGAUGAUAUUGAAAUUGUUGCAAUGAGAAACUUGAAUCUCAAUAAUAGUGUACCAGCCGUUGCACGUGAUCGAAAACCUCGUACAACAUUAAAUACUGGCAUUGUUCUGCAUCGUACGAGUAUUAUGCAAUGUUCAGGAUUGGAGAGUAAAAACACCGGAGAGUUAAAUUUACAUCAUGCCCUGCAAAUGGCCAAUGUAUCGACGGUUUAUAAAACCACAUUAACAUUCCUUAAACGAUUGUCUACACACCAAUACGACGAGGAAUUUUCUUUGUGUCCCAUGGACACAUUGGCAUUUAUAUUACAAAGGCCCAGUUGAUUUGAUGACCUUGCAUAGACACCACCAGACAAUGGAUAUUUAUACCAUCUUUAAUUAACAUAGUGUUUCCUUUAACAAAAAAACAAACCAAAACUUUUUUUACUACUUUUAGAAUUUCUUGGAAAUUGUUUAGUUUAUAAUUUCUAUUAUAUCGCAGAUAUAUGGACUGAAGACAGCUUAAUACAAUAUUUAUAUUAUUUAAAGAAAACUUUAGCAUUUUGAGUGACCGAAGAAAAUUUUAAUUUUUUUAUUGAAUAAAUAACGACGAAGGAUCAAAUGUUUAUAAAAAGGUUGUAAAAUAUGUUAAAUGUAAAGAAUCUUUUAAUGAAACCAACAUCUCUUUAGAAUCUCAUCUAUAUCGAAUUUAUGUAAUAUUCAAAUUCCGUUGAUAUCUGAAUAUAUACAACACAUUCUUAGAGCAAAUGGUGACGCGUUGAAAUAACCCAAAGGAUAAUGUGUUUUAUCGGAUUUCCGCAAUAGUUUGUAUUGAGAUUUAAUGCUUUUUAAUUUUUCCCCUUUCAAUUUAAAGACCUAAUUAGUUUUCUAGACAAGUGUUCAAUAGUAAAAAUUGUAGUUAUAAGAACUGUCCAAUAUAUCUAUGAUAUACAUUUGUGUCUUAUUUUAUUUAAAUGUAUGUAAUUUAUUGUUUUCGAGCACAUAAAUUUUGUGAAAUUGUUUUCGAAAAUUAUUUUUAUUUCUUAUUUUAACUUUAUUUUUAUAAAUUUUCCAAUGUAUAACAAAAUAGAACAUUUAAUAGAAAUGUUUUCAUGACAAAAGUUACAAUAAAAUAAACAAAACAGAAAUGUUCUUAAAGAAAAUAGCAUGCAAAAUUAUUUUAUGAAAAGUGAGAAAAUGAAUAUUUAUUUCAGAACUUUGUAAUAUUUCCUAUACACGUAUAUUAAUGAUAUUAUUGACUAUUUUUUAUGUAGAAUCUCACAGCCUCAACACUUUCUAACAUUAGAACACACUUAGAAGAGGUUUAAGUUAAGAAAAAGAUUAAAAUAUAUAGAAUACGUUUUGUGUGGCACGAUACUGUAACAAUUUUCGGAUACUGUAACACACAGAAAAUUUCCCAAAAAGAGAGGGUGACUCCGCCUCCAAUAAGAUUUUCUGUGCCUAAUUUCUGAACACAUAAAAUAAAGAAAUACAUUGUACAAAAAUACUUACUAUUCACAAAAACCAAAAGCUAAAUCCAACUGACAACAAAUUAUAUAUUUAAUUUUCUGUUGUCAUCAUCAAUUGAAGCAUAAAUUACAAUAAUGAUAUUUACACAGUUUGGAAAUGACAAAAAUAUAUAUUAAAACAUUUCUGUGUAUUUGAAUAAAUUUCAAUAAUCUCACAUAAUGUAACUUAGGCAUUAGAAAAUGAAUAAUUACAUUAAUAAAUUCGAUUUAAAUAAAAAUCGUAACAGUUUUCAGAUAUUAAAGCAAAUAUAAUAAAAUGUAUUAAUAAAAAAGAAAA